CUCGGUAUAACACCGGACUGUUAUGUGUACUAUGGAUGGCUUCAACACUUGAAGAAUUUGGAUUCUAAAGUUGACCGCAUUGUAAACAAUGGAAUGAAAUUUGGAAUAGAGAAGUAUCCUAUUUUGUCAAGCGAAAACGCAUCACUCAUGUGGAUGCAAAUGAAUCCGCGAGCAAAGCAUGAGCAAUUCUUGUCAAAUGAAUUUCCUCCGGACUUCACAUUCGAUUAUAUGAAUAAUUUACUGCACAGAAUAUUUAUCCUUGGCCGCACCUCGACAGGCACUAGGUUUGUCAUAUAUUGA